CAGGCACACUGGUUUAUUCCCCUUCUCUCCAUCUUCUUGGCUCUCUCCCUUUUACUCACACACUGUUACAUACAGUAUAUGCCACUGUGCCACUCUUAAAGAGAUUAUCACAAAGCAUUUGCCGCUACUCAACACAUGCAUACAAAAGCACGCACACAAUAGUACAACGGAUUACACUCAGACGAGACUGCUGGACAAACAAGUGGAGAGCUGGUUGUGAUGGAGGAGUAUGAUGUUAUUGUGCUUGGAACUGGACCAAAGGAAUGCAUCCUUUCUGGUUUAAUGUCACUGAGUGGAAAAAAGGUUCUUCACAUUGACAAGAAUCCAUACUAUGGAGGAGAGUGUGCAUCCAUUUCUCCACUUGGGGAGCUCUACAAAAGGUUUAAGAUUUCAGGUCCUGAUGACUCUGCGUGCCGUGGAAAGGAGUGGAACAUUGAUCUAAUUCCCAAGUUUUUUCUUGGCAACAGUGAGCUGGUGAAGAUACUGAUGUUUACUGAAGUCACUAGAUAUGUGGAUUUUAAAGUUAUUGAAGGCAGCUAUGUAUACAAAGCAGGAAAAGUGCACAAAGUACCAGCUACAGAGGAGGAGGCGCAAGCUUCAGAUCUCAUGGGCAUGUUUGACAAGAGAAGGUUUAAGAAGCUUCUGCUGUUUGCCCUGAACUUUGACAUGGCAAACCCUCGAACCUACCAGGACAUGGAUCCUAUCAAAACCACCACGCGGGAUAUGUUCUGUCGCUUUGACCUGGGACUAGAUGUUAUGGAGUUCACAGGUCACGCCAUAGCCUUACACAACAGUGAGGGUUACCUGGACCAGCCCUGUGUGGAAACCAUCAAACAGAUCCGGGUGUACACAGAGUCUCUGAGCCGCCACCAGAAAAGCCCCUACCUCUACCCUGUGUACGGGCUGGGGGAACUACCACAGGGAUUCGCAAGGCUGAAUGCAGAGUAUGGAGGAACGUUCCUGUCAAACAGGGCAGUGGAUGAGAUUGUGAUAGAGGGCGGCGAAGUGAAAGCUGUGAAAUCUAAGGGCAAGGUGUUCUCCUGUAAACAGCUCAUCUGUGACCCCAGCUACGUUCCCGGCCGAGUGAGGAAAGUGGGGCGUAUUAUACGGGUCAUCUGUUUACUAAAUCAUCCGGUUAAAAACACACAUGAGGCCAACUCCUGUCAAAUUAUCAUCCCACAGUCGCAACUUGACAGGAAAUCAGACAUUUACAUAUGUGUAGUGUCCUAUACUCAUAAUGUGGCCUCAGCUGGGAUGUACAUUGCCACUAUAAGCACAAAGGUAGAAACCAAUAACCCAGAGAAAGAGGUGCAGCCAGCGCUGGAGCUUCUGGAGCCCAUCAAGCAAAAAUUUGUUUCAGUCACCAACCUGCUAGUUCCCAAUGAAGAUGGAAGAAAGAGUCAGAUAUUUGUGUCUCGCUCUUACGACGCAACCAGUCAUUUUGAGUCCGAGUGCGAGGACAUCAAAGAUCUCUACCAUCGGAUCACCGGAACAAAACUCAGCCUCGGACAAUCCAGCAGACACCAGUCUCACAACUCUGACGAUGACUGAAUGAGAAUGUGAACAUCAGGAAAAAGUGACCGAACAACUGGGAGGACGUCGUGACAUGAUGAUCCUAACGGGGAUACAGCAGAGGUCAUUGGUCACAUGUGGAUUGAAAUGUGUUUGUCCUGUGACAUGAUAAACGUGAUAAAAUGUUGAACAUCC